UAGAACUGCUUUUGGUGUGUAAAUUUAUCUUAACUAUGAAACGAGCAGAGCACCAUACAAGACCACAUUAUAAUAGUUAUCAGGCCCAACAACAACAGUAUUAUGCACAUCAAUAUAACCAACCUCAAGACUCUCACUCAGUAAUUUUAGUAACUGCAGGAUAUGAUCAUACCAUACGCUUUUGGGAAGCCCUGAGUGGUAUUUGUUCAAGGACCAUUCAACAUCCUGAUUCGCAAGUAAACAGGUUAUGUAUAUCUCCAGAUAAAAGAUAUCUUGCUGCAGCAGGAAACCAGCAUAUCCGAUUAUACGAUAUUAAUAGUCCUAAUCCUAAUCCGAUAACUUCCUUUGAUGGACACACGGGAAAUGUAACAGCUGUCGGAUUUCAUUGUGAAGGAAAAUGGAUGGUAACCGGUAGUGAAGAUGGCACCUUGAAAAUUUGGGAUACAAGAGCGCCAUCAAUACAACGUAAUUAUGACCAUAAAGUACCUGUUAAUGAUGUAGCUAUUCAUCCAAAUCAAGGUGAAUUGAUUUCUUGUGACCAAAAGGGUAGCAUAAAGAUUUGGGAUCUGGGUGAAAAUUCUUGCACUCAUGAAUUGGUUCCAGAAGAAGAUGUCCCAUUGCGUUCAGUUACUGUUGCUAUUGAUGGAUCCAUGCUAGUUGCAGCCAAUAACAAAGGUAAUUGUUAUGUAUGGAAAAUGUCGAAUGCACGAGAUUUUACGGAUUUGCAGCCCAUAACUACUUUCUCGGCACAUAAGAGAUAUAUAACUCGGUGCUUAUUGAGUCCUGAUGUCAAGCAUUUGGCGACUUGUUCUGCAGAUACCACGGUUAAAAUAUGGUCUGCUACAAAUCAUGAAUUCAAAUUAGAUAAAGAGUUAAAAGGUCAUCAAAGAUGGGUUUGGGAUUGUGCAUUUUCUGCUGAUUCUGCUUAUCUUGUUACAGCAUCUUCAGAUCAUGUUGCAAGGCUUUGGGAAUUACAACAAGGAGAAACAAUAAGACAGUAUAAUGGUCAUCAUAAAGCUGCUAUCUGUGUAGCACUUAAUGAUUUAUCAAUUGGAAAUUAAAAUUUGGAAUUUAUUCAGGUUGAACUAUUUUAGUUAAUUUGUAAUUUUACAAUAAUGAAAUGAUUGAUAUAAUGCAAAUUUAUAUACAGUAAAUAUUUACAAUCCUAGAUUUUAAAUUUUGUAUAAAUUAAUAAUUGAUUUUUAU